AUGAUACAGGAGACUAUAAGUGUUGGUGAGUGGGAUGCUGUUCCCUCCUCGAGUGGCAUCGUGACAGAAACCGCAGUUUCCUCAAGAAGUGCGCGUGUAGCUUUAGUGUCUCACUUAAGGAAAUUCCGAGAAGGCGCUGUACACAUAAGUUCUGAAAGCGAGUUUAUUCUUCAUGAUCAUCUACACGAGGAACGUGUCUUAAACCUGCCAGACCUGCUGUCAAGAAAACCCAAGAUGAGCUCGUUUUAUUUCCAAUGGAUUGUACUCCCAGCUCUUUGGAUUGCAGGGAGUCAGAUGCACAUCAUAAAUCGGAGCUCACAUACCAUCAGUGCUGGUCUUGCAUUUAGGAUUGAGUGCAACAUCAUAGACAGUAAAAUACAGAAUGUGAGUGUGAACUGGAGCCUUGUUUCCAAUCAGAGUCUGGAUAAUAUCAAGGGAAUACACAUUAAUGUCAACGAGCUCUGGUUUCUACCUGCUGAACUCUCCCACAGCGGACUCUACUCUUGUCUCAGCAGAGAUGGAAAAGAAACCUGGGAAAAAAUAUUUGAUAUCUCCGUUGAGAAUAAAAUAUGCCCCCAUUUAAACAGAAAGGACGAUGUAACAAGCACAGCGGAACUGAUUUGUUUCCUACCUCACAUCUUUGAGAUAGAGCCUCAAGCUCAAGUGACCUGGAGAAAAAACUGCCACCCACUCAAUGUGACAAACAGUAAGGUUUUCCCGAUAAACAGAUCUAAAGACAUGGUUGGACUGUAUACGUGCUUUGUGAACUUUACUUUUGGAGGGAAAAAUUACACUGCUGCCCAGACUACAGAACUCUACAGCCAAGAUAUAGUGGUGACAGAGCCUAAAAUCAUCUACCCAAAAGAUGAAACACUGAAAGUAACACUUGGUGAAAGUUACACACUUAAGUGCAAAGCUCUGAUUGGGGAGAACGAUGAUGGAGAAACUGAUAUUUUCUGGCUUAAUGAUAAAGAGUCUCUUGAAUCUGUUGAUCUGAACUUCACGUCAAGCAUCGUGAAAGACGACGAUCAGAUGUACAUGCUGUCCUUUUUAUACAUCACAGAAGUCACAGAAGAAUAUUUAUACACUAAUUUCACCUGUUUUGUUCAACACCCGGCAGGUUCAGAUUCUGGAAAAGUCUUUCUUAUUCCAGCGAGUCAGAUUGAGCGUUAUUACUGGAUCGCUCUUGGUCUGGUGGCUCUGCUCAUAUUACUGUGUGCCGUGGUGUUUCUCUUCAGAAUCGAUCUGGUUCUGGCUUACAGGGCUGUUUGCCCGUCUGCAGCUGUAAACAACGACGGCAAGUUGUACGAUGCGUAUGUGAGUUACCUUCAUGGGGAUCAGCACAGCUCAUCCUCUGCGAUGACGUUUGCCUUGGAUUUCCUUCCUGCGGUGCUGGAGGAUUUAUAUGGUUACAAACUCUUCAUCAGUGGUCGUGAUGAACUUCCUGGAGAAGCGGUGCAUGAAGUCAUUGCAGACAGAAUGAGCCGAAGUAGAAGGCUGAUCAUUGUUCUUACAUCACAGAGCUGUGUGUCGCCUCAAACCGAUGCCACCAAGAGCCUUUUACCAGAUCAUCUCCCAGUAACCAAUGAUGUGCAACUGAAAGAAACCACUUCCUCUGACAAAAUAUGGGCCACUUACGAGCAGCGGGUGGGUCUCUAUGACGCUUUGGUGAAGCAGGGUCUAAAAGUCAUCCUGGUGCAGGUGGAGGGCGGGGUUGAAGAGGCUCUGCUGCCCGAAUCUUUGCAAUACAUCAGCCGCACUAAAGGCAUCCUGAAAUGGACGCAGAACACCAGUGAAGGGGGGAACAAAAGUUUCUGGAAAUACAUGCGCUAUCGAAUGCCUCCAGUGAAGCGGCAGAAGAACCAAGAGCUGACGGUGCUUUAAGAUCAACUUGAUACUCUACAUAAGUACAUGAAUACAUACAUUAUGAAUGUAUAUUGAUUACACAAGGCAAGUGCAAACUUAGGGGCCGUUCA